AUUCAAGACAGUAGCGAAGGCGUCGUCCAUCACAUGGAAGUGUUUCAUUGUCAGGCAGAUGCAAAUGAAGAAAUUCCUUUAUAUGAUGGAAAUUGCUUUGCGGAAGACAGACCGCCGAAAACACAAGUGUGCAAGAAGGUGCUUGCCGCAUGGGCUAUGGGGGCAACUCCAUUCACAUAUCCAAAAGAAGCAAGUCUGGCCUUGGGUGGAGAAAAUUUCAAUCCUUACAUCAUGCUAGAGGUACACUAUAACAAUCUAGACCUUAAAGCAGGUUUAGUAGACAGUUCAGGUAUACGAUUCCACAUUUCUUCAGUCUUGAAACCCAUGGAUGCUGGUGUAAUAGAACUCGGAUUAGAAUAUACGGACAAAAUGGCUAUCCCACCGGGACAAAGUCGUUUUUCAUUAUCAGGAUACUGCACAAGUGCUUGCACUGCAAUGAGUCUAUCUCCAGAAGGUAUUACCAUAUUUGGCUCCCAAUUACACACUCAUUUAACAGGAGUACGUGUUAUCACCAGACACUUUGAUGAGCAUGGAAGAGAACUACCGGAACUCAACAGAGACAACCAUUUCAGUACCCAUUUCCAAGAAAUACGAAUUCUUAAACGACCUGUCAAAAUUCUGCCGGGCCAUAGUUUAAUAACCAAAUGCGACUACAACACAGAAGAUAGAGAAAAUGUAACUCUUGGGGGGUUCAGCAUAAGUGACGAGAUGUGUGUUAACUACAUCCACUAUUUUCCUAGCAGCGAGCUUGAAGUGUGUAAGAGCUCAAUAAGUGAUCAAGCAUUGAAAACGCUUUUUAGGUAUAUGAACGAAUGGGAAGACCAAGACACUUCACCUGUCAAAGGCAUAUCAGAUAACUAUAAAUCAAUCAAAUGGAACCGAAUGAGAAUCCAGUUAUUGGACGAAGUGUAUAAUGAAUCUCCACUGAGCAUGCAAUGUAAUAUGUCGAGUGGUGACCGAUUUCCUGGAUACUGGGAAAAUGCCCCAGUUCCUCAAGUAUCUAUUCCACUAGGUCCGCCUGUGCGAAGAUGCGACAAUAUUAUAAAAUGAAUAAACUAAACAAUAAA